AUGGGCAGUGUCGAAUUCAUGUUGCCUCCAUUAUCGCGGCGAGCACAGCAGCUCCUGCUUGCGACUGCUGUUCUCCUUUUAGUUUGUUUCUUUUCCUUGAGGGUUGGCACCGCCAUACCGAUUUCGCAGAACCACACGGCGUUCGAGGCCGAGGUGGAGCAUGAUCUGCUCGACGACAUCUACAACACCACGCUUGGGUUCGGUCAGAUUCUAGUAAUAAACCUCCCCGAGCGAACUGAUAGGCGCGAUGCGAUAUCGCUCGCAGCAGCGUACAGCAAUAUGAGGCUCGACUGGAUACAUGGCGUGAAAGGAAGCGAGGUCCACGAUUCGACCCUUCCAAUGGACAAGGGCCAGGAUCCGCCGUCCGAAGGAACGAAGGGCAGCUGGAGAGCACAUCUGAACGCUGUGCAGGCCGUCAUUGACCAGAAUCUGACGACCGGGCUGAUCAUGGAAGACGACAUGGAUUGGGACAUUCGGAUCCGCGAUCAACUCCGCGACUUCGCAAAAUCCGCUCGAGCAUUGCUUCAACCGCUCGCAUCAGAUCCCUCCACCUACGCCGAUCCUUCGUUUCCCACUCCAAAACCAGACGUGGGUGUUACGAACAUCCACUUCGAUGCGCUUCCGGAGACUGUACCUCCAACCUCCUUUCCUUAUGGCGACGACUGGGACGUUUUGUGGAUCGGACACUGUGGGAUGGCUGUACCUACGGCUGGAACCAACAGCCACGGAAAAGGAAGGGUCGUCCACGAGAACGAUGCCACCGUUCCAGUCAGAAGCAAAGUCUCUACAGAGAACGGCCCAGCCACGUUGACCACGGAGUAUGCGGACCAUACCCGUCUGGUGCAUCAUGUCCACGUACCAGUGUGUUCUACCACCUAUGCAGUCUCUCAGCAAGGCGCACGUCGGAUCCUAUAUGAGCUGUCAGUGAACAAGUACACCUCCACAUUCGACAACAUGCUACGAGAGCUUUGCGAUAGCGAGCGAGAUUUGAAGUUGACAUGUCUAACGGCGCAACCCUCAUUGUUCAAACACUGGAGGCCGAGAGGAAGUAGGAAGUCUGAGAGUGAUAUUUCGGACCAUAGGGAGGAAUGGCGGGAUGUGGCGAAUAUCCGGUGGAGUGUGAGAUUGAAUAUGCCGAAACUCUUACGAGGAGAGGCCGAAGGCUGGGUGGACCAGUACCCUAAUUAG